AUGCUCAUGAAAUCUGCAAUACUCGCAACCAUCUUCGCCGCCGCGGCGACGGCCCAGUACGGCCACUACAGUUGCGAUCCUGCAAAAGGAAGUUGCCAGGAGACUUGGCUCAGUUCAUCUACGACCAAGAUAGGCCCGUCCUUUACCCAUUAUCCGAGCAUAUAUGGUAACCCACACGAUCGUCACCCCAAUCCAUACAUUGGUUGGCUCAGUCGUCACCCGAAAAGUUCUAGCCGCUCUUCUAGCAGCUAUUUCAGCUACCAAACGGGCUAUUCCAGCUAUGAGACGAGCUCUGAAAGCUAUGGAUCGAGCUCUACCAGCACCGAGAGCAACCUUAUCGGCUAUGGAUCGAAGUCGAUCAGCAGCGAGAGCAGCUCUUCGAGCAAAAAGUUGAGCACUUCCAGUGGUCCGUCUAGCUCCAAGGCAACAUUUACCCUCACACCCUCCAGCAGCGCCUCUGCCGUCUUCCCUCGCAUCUACUCGAACAGUUCCACACCCAUUACAUUCUCCUCCAGCUCCGCCAGCAACUCUACCGCUACUUCCUUCAGCAUUACCAACUCGCCCAGCUCCUCCUCGUCCACCAAAACCUCCCCAACCCUCUCCUUACAAAGCACAAAGAAAGUCUGCUCCCUCGUUGGAGGACCUUGCGGUGGUAGUAGUGGCACUAGAUGUUGCACUGUCAACCUCACCUGCGGUAGCUUGCUUGUCCGAAACAAAUGCUGUGUGCGCGAGAACCAAUUCUGCGUCUUCUCGCCUAAGCAGCCGACUGGUGGGUGCUGUGAAGGUGAUUGUCUUGGGGAUGGGGAUGGGCCGAAUUUCGUUUGUCAGAUGCCUAGAUGA